UUGACCCGAACAUGCAGGUUCUUCCUAUACAACAUACGGAAAAUCCACCCCUUUCUUACCCCCUACUGGCUCCACGGUGGUGGAACAAACUCCCCGUUGAGAACAAUCGAGCCAGAGAUGGAACAAGCAACCCCGUCAUCUGCCCAGGAUGCCCUCCAACUUCAGGGACAGCGAUUGGACCAGCAUGAAUCGGAGAUCCGUUCACUCCACCAAAGUCUCCACUCUCUGCGUGCUGAAGUUACUGGCAUCUCUGACACCCUUGGCAGAGUAAAAGUCGCGGGGACCCCGGUCGUUGCCCCUACAGACGCUUCCGAUCACACCCUGAGCCUCGCCAACCACACCCUGAACGCUACGCUGGUGAGCCGAGAUCCUACCGAUCUUUCCUGUCCCGGUGUUCUCCGGCCCUCCACAUUCCCCACGGAACGCUCAAUGGCGGCCUGUGUGAUUACCCUGCUGGCCGGCAAAGCAUGCGAGCGGGGGACUACCUUCUGGGAUUCUGACGCUCCGGAGUGUGGCGACUUCACACUGUUCUCCGCGGAAACGAGGAAAGUUUUUAAUCGGGCGGCCGUGGGACGUGCCUCAGCUCGUCGGCUCCUAGGGCCACGCCAGGAGAACAGUUCCAUUUCAGGCUGUGCCAUAGAGUUCCAGACCCUGGCCGGUGACAGGGUGGCCUGUAGCGUAGUGGUUGAGGAACAUGACUGGGACCCGCAAGGUCGGCGAUUCGAUCCCCGGUCAAGCCACAGUAAGAUCCGCACAGCCGUUGGACCCUUGAGCAAGGCCCUUAACCCUGCAUAGCUCCAGGGGGUAUUGUCUCCUGCUUAGUCUAAUCAACUGUACAUCGCUCUUGAUGAGAGCGUCUGCCAUUAAUGUAAUGUAAUGAUGUACCAUGUGUUUUUUUUGUCAGAGCAAAUA